AGAAGGCAGUAUUAGCGUACUAUGCUGCAGAAGAAGUCGCGCAGACAAAAAAAUGUUUUCGGUGCUGAAGUACGUGUUUACCCCUUUCACAAGAACCACUAUUGCAAAAAUGCACUACACUUCGGGGGUUACCAUUAGGCUUUUACCCAGUUAUAAGUGCUCUUUUGAAGAUCCCGUGCACGUGACCGUGAGUGGCUUAAAACCCCAACAACGCGUGGAUCUGCGCUCUAAAAUCACCGAUGAGACGGGACGUGCUUUCCAAGCCUCGGCUAUUUACCAAGCAGACGAUAGUGGCCAAGUUGACCUCAACCGUGACCCCUCGCUUGGUGGCAGCUUUACUGGAGUCGAACCAAUGGGCUUAUUCUGGGCGCUGAAAGCAGACGUCCUGGACUGCAAGUUUACCCACACGGACGUGACGCUUCCUGCUCUCGUCGACAUUGAGGUCGUCAGUGACCAUCAGGUCAUCGCCCAAGUGACAAACGAGAGACACUGCUUGACCGACGGUGUCCGGAGAAUCCCUGUAAAAGAAGGCAGGAUCAGAGGAACUCUUUUUAUGCCACCUGGUAAAGGACCGUUUCCUGGGAUUGUGGAUACAAAUGUAUUUAGAGGAGGUCCUUUUGAGUUAAGGGCAGCUCUGUUGGCAAAGAGAAACUUUGCUGUUUUAGCCUUGGCUUUCCAAGGUUACCAAGAUUUACCCAAAACAGCAGACAGGUUUCACCUUGAGUACUUUGAAGAAGGUGUAGAUUUUCUACGUCAACAACCAGAGGUCAAAGAUCAAAAAAUUGGCCUAGUGUCCAUAUCAAAGAGUGGAGAUCUUGCUUUGUCCAUGGCAACAUUCCUGCCUGGUAUAUCGGCUACUGUUUGGAUCAAUGGAUGCAAUGCCAAUACUUUGGUUCCUGUUUACUACAAGGACAUCUGUAUUCCACCCCUCAUGUUCGAUGUUACGAGAUCAAAAAUGACACCAAUGGGCUUUGUGGAUAUCGGGGAUGUUAUGGAUGACCCGAUGUCAGAAAAGGGCCUUCCUAGUGUUAUUCCCAUUGAACGUGCCACUGGUAAUUUCAUGUUUAUAAUGUCAGAAGCUGACAGGAAUUGGCAAAGUGCCUAUUAUGCAAAACUAGCAUGUGACAGACUCAAAUCACAUGGGAAAAAUAAUUACGAAUUGGUGAGCUAUGAAAAAGCAGGUCACUUUAUUGAGGUGCCCUAUAUGCCCUUUUGUCUUGCUAGAUUUCAUGGUGUCGCUAACCAUGUGGUUUAUUUUGGCGGGGAACCUAAGGCUCAUUCAGAGGCUCAGCUGGAUGCCUGGAACAGGAUUUUGAAUUUUUUUAAGAAACAUUUAACAGCUACUAAUCACAACUGCAGAUCUAUGCUGUAAGACAAAGGGCUUGUAUAAGCAUAUACAUGAUAUCCAGUUAGUGUUGACUUGAAUUGCUUCAAUUUAAUUUUACUUCAACAAAAAGAUCAAACUGAAUAAAGCACAUGUACGAUUUGCAUCAAAUAUAUCAUACAGAGUGUGAAAUUGUUCGUAAAUUCAAACUCAUUAGGAUAAGUAUGUUUCUUUAUGAAACCACCAUAACUUUGGAAUUAGUAUGAUUAUUUACUUUCAUUAAUAUUGGUGGAUAUUAUUAUUUAAAAUAACUAUUUUAUGUUGGAAUGUCUUUUAAAAUACAGGUGCUGGAUUAUAUAUAUAUAUAUAUAUAUAUAUAUAUAUAUUUAGAAUAUGAUUAAAUAGUUCAUUGAUUUUAACUUGUAUAUUAUAUUCGUUCAUUAAACACAGACUGAUAUAUUUGAAAUGUUUAUUUAUUUUAAUUUUGAUGAUUAUAAGUGACAACUAAUGAAAAGCCCAAAUUCAGUAUCUCAGAAAAUUAGAACAAUGUCAAAAGGUUCAAUACUGAAGACACCUGGUGCCACGCUUUAAUCAGCCAAUUAACUCAAAACACUUUUUAAGGUCUUUAAAUGGUCUCUCAGUCUUGUUCUGUAGGCUACACAAUCAUGGGGAAGACGGCUGACUUGAUAGUUGUCCAAAAGACGACCAUUGACACCUUGCACAAGGAGUGCAGGACAAAAAAUGUCAUCGCAAAAGAGGCUGGCUGUUCACGGAGCUCUGUGUCUGAGCGCAUUAAUAGAGAGGCGAAGGGAUGGAAAAGAUGUAGGGAUAACCGCACCCUGGAGAGGACUGUGAAGCAAAACCCAUUCAAAAAUGUGGGGAAGAUUCACAAAGAGUGCACUGCAGCUGGAGUCGCAGAUGUAUGCAAGACAUGGGUUGUGUCAAGCCAGACAGCGUCAGAAGCGUUUCGCCUGGGCUAAAGACAAAAAGGGCUGGACUGCUGCUGAGUGGUCCAAAGUUACGUUCUCUGAUGAAAGUAAAUUUUGCAUUUCCUUUGGAAAUCAGGGUCCUAGAGUCUGAAGGAAGAGAGGAGAGGCACAGAAUCCAUGUUGCUUGAGGUCCAGUGUAAGGUUUCCACAGUCACUGAUGGUUUGGGGCGCCAGGUCAUCUGCUGGUGUUGAUCCACUGUGUUUUCUGAGGUCCAAGAUCAACGCAGCCGUAUACCAGGAAGUUUUAGAGCACUUCAUGAUUCCUGCUGCUGACUAACUUUAUGGAGAUGCAGAUUUAAUUUUCCAACAGGACUUGGCACCUGCACACAGUGCCAAAGCUACCAGUACCUGGUUUUAGGACCAAGGUAUCUCUGUUCUUAAUCGGCCAGCAAACUCGCCUGACCUUGUGAAGAGGAAGAUGCGAUAUGCCAGACCUAACAAUGCAGACGAGCUGAAGGCCACUAUCAGGGUAACCUGGGCUCUCAUAACACCUGAGAAGGGCCACAGACUGAUCGACUUCAUGCCACGCCACAUUGCUGCAGUAAUUCAGGCAAAAGGAACCCUAACUAAGUAUCGAGUGCUGUACAUGCUCAUACUUUUCAUGUUCAUAUAUUUCAGUUGGCCAGGAUUCCUAAAAAUCCUUUUUUUUUUUUAUUGGUCUUAAAUAAUAUUCUAAUUGUGAUCUGAUUUUGCUGAAUUUGGGCUUUUCAUCAGUUGUCCGUUAUAAUCAACAAAAUUAAAAGCAAUAAACACUUGAAAUAUCAGUGUGUGUGUGUAAUGAAUGAAUAUACAAGUUUCUGGAUUUUUUUUUGAUAUUUUAAUUUUAUGACCAGCACCUCUAUAAAUUCCUGUCGUGCAAAUAAUUAUUGACUGUCACUAUUAAUUUAAAUCACUUAUGAUUUGUAGAACCUGUGGUGCCUUCUUUUCUUUCCUGCAGAAAGUUUGUUUAGAUAAGCGUACCAUCAAGGUACAGGAUAUUGGACAUUGCUUAUAAAUGAGUUACUACAUUUACACUUUGUUUUACCCAUCAUUUCUAAUAAAAUACAAAUAAUAUCUAAAUCUAAA